UCAAUUUCUACGAAUUUUUUUUUGCACGCACACACGUUUCAUAGCUCCGCAAUAUAUUUUUAUGUGUGCGUAAUUUUUUUUGUAGUGAUAUUUUUUUUUUUUUCAAUAAAUAAUACGCGCCACAUUCGGUCUAUUUGUCUGACGAUUGAUUAUGCGAAAAAGGGUUCGGUCCAUUCACGCAAUUUAGGCUUAUAACGAGAUAACGAGUUCCUAGAAUAAUUCCUAAAUUUCUGAUAACAAUCGAACAUGGACGAUUUAGAGAGAGAAGAGGGGCGAAAAAGCAUCGCUCAGUUUCGCAAAAGUAUCUACGGCGGUGAUGAGGUCGAAUUUGCCGAUAUUUUUCAAUUCGAUAUUGAUGAAGAUGAUCAUAAGAAAAUACUACAAGUGAUGAGGGACUCUCUGCAGCGAUUACCAGAUAGCUUUCGUAGCAAUAUUUUGGACAAAUUCAUAGAGGAACAUCCCGAGUUAAACUGGAAGAUAGAGACAUUUGAGGAGAAUGAUGAAGAUCAAGAUAAUAUAGAAGAUAUUUUGAAAACAUUUCGUUUUGAUAGCUUAAUACCAUCGCGUUGGGUGGAAGUUCAUGAGACAUUUGACAGUAAAUUGCGCCCAUUUUCUAGCGCAUUCAUGAUCAGAGAAUCCGAAAAGUUUUGGGCUAUAAUUCAAGCGACUGAAGAAGCACAUUUCGAACCGAUUCGGACGUAUGCGGUUGAAAAAUUAAGCAACGAUAUCAACAAUUCUCUGUAUACGAUCUAUAAAUUAAAUCAAUGCAAAGAUGAGGACUUCAGAUUGGAUGACUACGAGCAUUUUCAUAUUUUCAGUUGGACGCAGGAUCGAUUUCUUGCUAGAAGACAUAUGAAAGGUAUUGCUUGGGUUGGCAUUUUUACGAAAUCUUUAACUGAAGAAUGUUUGGACGCGUUCAAAUUGCGUUAUGAUAUUCUGGAAUUGGUGCGACUGUUGAAACCACCUCUAGCAAGCUUCUAUAGCGCAAAUAAUAUCACUAAUUUCUAUUACUCAUUUACUACUCGCAUUAGAAAUGCACGCCAAUUGCUGAGUUUCAAUGAUAAAAUCAUGAAAGAGCUGGAAGAUAACCUGGCAUUUUACUGUGAAAAUGUCAAUCAGAUCACAAAUAUUUCGCUCCAACGUCGAAGUGCGGGCCGUGAUGUGGUAAAAAACUACUUCGAACUGGAAACAUUGGCUUUUGUUGUUCGCGAUCCCAUCGAGAAACGAUAUCAAAUAAACUAUUAUAAGCAAAAGACGGCUGACUGGCAGUGCUACUUCGACAAGCAGGAGAGUCAAAUUGUGGAAAAAUUACAUAAAGUUCAGAAGAAGCAUAAUGCUGAAGAAUACUGUCAUUCUUCCAUGAUGCAGUGUAUAUACGGAAUAAUAGAGGACUACAAACAUCGCAUUGAAGUACUGUCUGAAGAAUACGAUGGUCGCUUCAAUGAAAUCGACGAAAAGAACAGAAAACUUAAAAUUAAUAUGGAUAAAAUGAAGAUUCAACACGACUUUUUAAUGGCAGAAAAGGAUUACAUGCAAAUGAGAAUUGAGGAAAUACAAAAGGGCAAAGAGGUAAAACUUUCUAAAAGGAAAAAACGCUCCCUAAUGUCGAUGUUAUCAAGUGGCAGCGUAAAAGAGUUGAAGAAGAAACGCUCCAAGAUAAAUAAACUAAAUAUCGGUAUAUAUUAAUGUACUUUUACACAAGUAACGGUAUUGUAUAGAAGAUAAAUUCUAAACGGUUUUCAAGAAAUAUAGAUACUUCUAUUGACAUAA